GGCUGGGGGCGACCUACAUACAAACUUUAUCAACAACAACAACAGUCCAUUUCCAGAACCCAGAGCUGUGUUUUAUGCUGCCUGUACUGUUCUCGGAUUGGAGUUUUUACAUCAGCAGAAGAUCGUACACAGGUAUUGGCUACGGAGACACAAUCAAUGGGAUUUGCGGAACACGUUACUAUAUGGCUCCUGAGAUCUUGAUGUCAACUCCAUACACCAAGGCUGUAGACUGGUGGAGCCUCGGUGUUGUAAUUUAUAUAAUGCUAAAUAGAAAGUUCCCCUUCAGCGACCGUGAUAACAAGUUGACUGCUAACAUCAUCCACAGGAAAUUCACAUAUAAAGAAUCUCUGUCCACAAACGCCACUUCAAUAAUAGAUCAGCUUCUGAAAAAAGAUCAAACUAGACGUCUAGGAGCCGGCAAGAAAGAUGCACAAGACGUCAAAAAACAUCCCUUCUUCCAAGACAUAGACUGGGCGGCAUUGUUAUUAAAGAACAUGACACCUCCUUUUGUGCCAGAAAUUAAGGGAAUUGAAGACGUCAGCAAUUUCCAGGAGAUAUUUACCACAAAACAGCCUAUUCUGACUCCCCCACAAAGUCAAAGACAACCAACACUGGAAGAGAAUAAAGCAUUCAGGGACUUUGAUUGGAUGGCUGAUUGGGGUGAAUCCUAGAUGUGGUCCAUUAUGAAAUUUAAUAAUAGGGCAAGGCAUGCCUGUAAUGCCGGACAGACGCACCUUGUUUGAGCUCUGAUACACACUCUCCUGAAACAGCUUUUACUAUAAAUUACACCCUCAUCGAUGACCCUUACUAAUCUUGGGGUGCUCCCAAACCAAUCGGGGUAAUAUCGCAGCGUGAUUGAUGUCCCCGGACGUCCGCGCUGCUGAUAAACAGAGAGCAGACUUGGCGGCCUAAUGAGUCCAGGGGAGUGGAGAAGUGGACGAUUUCUGCUUCUGACCUGCACUGACGACUGGUGCCCCGUUUCCCCCCCUGGACCGGUGAGCGUGAUCAUGGUCUACCCUUUGGAGGGCACCCCUACACUGCUGCAGGUGCGUGGCUUCCCUGCAGAACACCCAAACGACACUCCAGCCUGUACAAGAUGCCAGAUGCUGAGUGCUAUACUGAUUCACCUGAAGUCCUGCCUCGCUUCCUUGAAGUGUUUGAGUUCUUCUGGGUGAGGCUGAUAACGUCCCUGGGACCCGCUGUACUGGGUAAUUUGACAGAUACGGAGAGCCUGCAUGUUAUGCCGGUGCAAGAGGAAGGCGGCAUGUAUUAAAGAAAGGCACGCAGCUGUAGUGCGGGACCCAUCGUUGAGCAGGCAGAUCAAGCAAUAAGACUGGAGUGCUGGCCACACUGGGCCUAGAGCCAAGGGGGCCCCAGAGC